AUGUUAAAAUUUCCAGAAACUUUAAAAUAUUUAAAAAUUCCUCAAGAAAUUUUAACCAUAAAUCUAUAUCAAACUUGUGGUCUAAAAACCAAUACCUAUUCUAGCCAAAUUAAAAAUAACCUCGGUUUCAUUAUAAAUAGAUAUAAAAAUUUAUAUAAUUUAAAUGAAAACUAUGGAAUAACACAUUUAACAAUAUCAUUCUCUGAUUGGAAUAUUAUUUUACAUAACGACUACUCUCCUCCAAAUCUAUACAAAUUAACAUUAAUGGAUGAACAUUCCCAUGAAAUAAAAAAAGGAAUGUUGCCAAAGAACUUACAAUCUUUAAAAAUAGUUCCUGGGUAUAAUCAUUCAGUUAUUCAUCUUCCAAAACAACUAAAGGAAAUCGAUCUUGGAAAACUGACACUUAGAGGAUAUGGAUCAAGAACAUACAACCAAUUUUUAAAAAAUCUUCCCCCCAGUAUUACAAGUAUCAAACUUAAAAUAUCACCUUAUACUGUUAUUCAACCUUUUAAAGAAUCUUUAGCUAAAUCAUUGAAAACUUUAGUUUUAAAUAGUGAACCACUUUAUCUUGAUGGAAAUUUGGAGUCUUUAACCUAUUUAGAUAUUUCAAGAUCUCAUAAAAUAACCAUUGAUAUUGAUCUAUUACCUCAAACACUUAACACUUUAAAACUAUCACUAUCAACCGCUGUGAAAAAACCUGAAGCAUAUAGAGGGUUUCCCGCUAGUAUAACAAAUUUUGAUGGCUUACCAUCUCAUCUAUCACUCAAAUUUGAAAAUCCAUUAAAUUUACAAUAUCUACAAAUAAGAAAUAGGUUAUUUUCAAUGCCACAAAACCCACACUACAAUUUUAUUAAUAAUUUUCCAAAUAUUAAAUCGAUAUACAACACUUUUACAGUAUUCCUUUUUGGUGAUAAUCCGAAAUCUCCACUCCCUCCAAAUUUAAAACUAUUAUAUUUAGAAUUAAGAGCUUUCAUUAUAGAAAAUUCAAACCGUCACAUCAUAACACUAUCAAACGAAACUCUAGGUUCAUCACUUGAAACUCUUAUAUUAGAAGGUUCCUCAGCCAAUCCAACUAUUAAAUUACCCUUCCCAGAUUCAAUAGAACAUAUUUAUCUUAAUACAGAUCUACAAUCAAAUCUAAAUGAAUUUCUAAACUCCACUGAAAUUAAACAUAAAAUUAGAUUUUUUAGUGGUAAACCAAAAUUAUACGAUAAAUUAAAAAAAUAUUAUUUAUAA